AUGAAACCAUACAGAUACAAGCCAUUAUUUCCUAGAUACGAUAUUCUCCCGAGCGGGCACAUUUAUCAGCCUGCGACCCACAUAGCAACAUCUGGUGAGCGCCACCCCAAUAUUGGACUUGAAAGAGAUUGUGAAACGAAGUUCAUGGUACUGGUGCGUGUUUACGGAUUUUUGUUUUCUAAGAAAUUAAUUAAAUUUCUAAGAAAUCUAUUGUUAACUGUAAUGCCGGCGUGUCCGCGGUCGUGGAGAGACUAUGAU